AUGAUCUCUUGGAGCAGGUAUGCUCUUGCUUGCAUGCAUCCAUUCAUGGAUUUUGUGGUGAAUCGCUGUGAGGGAUUGCCAUUGGCUCUUACAGUCGUUGCCAAGUCUCUCCGAGGAAAGGAUCCUUCAUUCUGGGAAACGAAGCUUCUUGAUUGGUCUGAAAGACGUUCCCUUUUGCGUUCAGACAGUGACGUACAAGAUUGCCUCAGAAAGAGCUUGUAUCACUUGGAUGGUGAAAUCAAGGAACGUUUCUUGGACCUCAGCUCGUUUCCAGAGGAUCGCAAGAUUCCCGCCACUGCCCUUAUUGAUAUGUGGGUGGAAUUGUACAAGUUAGAUUUCAGUGGAGUGCGUGCCAUUGCUGACCUCAAUAAACUUGUUUACAGGAACCUAGCUGAUCUCGUAGUCACCGGGAAAGAUUCAAAUGAGGAUGACGACAAAUGUUAUAGUAGCUACUAUGCUAUGCAUCACGAUCUGCUCAGAGAGCUGGCUAUCUUGGAGUGCGACCAGGGGGAAGUAGAGAAAAGAAAGACUUAUUUUGGACUUGACUGGAAACAGUUUUCCCAAUUGGUGGAGCAAGCAAAAGCAAUUGACUCUCGAUGCUCGUCUAGUAUCCAUCUCCACAGUCAGGCUUCAACAUCAAAUGACGCCAAAAUCUCCAAUGCAAUACCAAACUUAGUGGAGCUCCACAUCGACUAUUGCAACGAUCUUAUGGCAUUACCAGAUGACAUCUACGAGAUAAAACUUCUGGAGAAGCUUAGCAUCACAAACUGCCAUAAUUUAUUUGCACUCCCUGAACAGAUUAGGCAGUUGGCGUCCCUUGAAGUGGUCAGGCUUAAUUCCUACACAAACUUGUCGCAACUGUCUGAGUGGCGCAGCGGCAAACAACUGUUGUUCAGUGGUGACGUUGCUUCGGCAAUGGUGGUGCUGCGUUUCUUUUCGUGA